CGCCGACUCAGAACGAUGGACUCGUCAACGGACCAGCUGAAGAGGUCGCUUUUGAUUGCGACGUUAGACUCUCUCGAUACCCCCCACCACCUUGGACCAGCCAUUGCAUCCGUCGCCGCCAAAUCAUCCGAGACCCUGGUGAUCGCCUUGCUGUCACCACUGUUCGAGUUGCGACAUGUCCAACAAGGGUCACAAGACGCGCUGGCACGGACGGGUAAAUCUCUAGUGACCCCGAUAUCGCGGACCGACCGAUGGGAUGACGUUCAGCAACUUCUGACAUAUGUUUAUGUACAAGCAACGAAAGUUGCUCAGGACAACGGAAGAAUACUCAUGGACGUCACCGUGCUUCUUAGGGGCUGUGAGCAACCCCUCCCCGCGGAUUUAGCUGACGGGAUGGACAUCUGUUUCUUGGUCCAAGGCGAUAAUAAUAUACCCUCGCUUCCCCUCUCCAUCAGAACACUUCCGCAAACAGUCCUCCCCUCUGGAAACCGAGUAAGCAUCGUUGCAGCUCCCGACCCCUCCCAGAGUAGCGUGGAGGCGCUCUAUCCCGUGGUUGCUUUAGGCGGUACCUUUGACCACCUGCAUGCCGGGCAUAAGAUACUGCUGAGCAUGGGAGCCUGGAUUACCGAAAGGAAACUCAUCGUCGGUGUAACAGAUGACCUUCUGUUACGGAAAAAAAUCCACAGGGACUUGCUAGAACCGUUCAGUGUUCGAGUGGAGAAAUCUCGUUCAUUCCUACAGCUGUUUAGACCGGACCUAGAAUACGAACUUGCUGCCUUAACAGACGUGUACGGUCCCACUGGAUGGGACCCGGAUAUCCAAGCGUUGGUUGUAAGCAAAGAAACACUUUCCGGUGCAGCAGCAAUCGGCAAGGAGCGCGCCCGCAAGUCCCUUCCGGCCCUGCAAACCUUUGUCAUCGACGUGAUCUCACCCGAUUCCGAAAAGCUUGACCACGAAGAUGCCGAGUUGCUGCGGCAGACCAAGAUGAGCAGUACAUUCAUCAGAGAAUGGAUAGCUAAAAAUCACGACGUGGAGAAGAAUAUGAAUACAUAGAUAAGGAGCGGAUAUGUGUCAACGGAUCGCGUAUGUUGUGUGUACCCGUCUGUAGCAGUAGAUAAUUUAUCAAAUAGGUAGAUGCGAACUGCCCAAUAGGCUUACCGCUUUC